UUUGCCUCAAAAUAGAAUUAGAACUGUGAUCGAAAGGUCAAGAGGGAGAAUUGGAAUUCUGAAUUCACGUAUCGAGCUGGUACGUUAGGGCACGAAUCUUUGUUCUUCCGAGAGAACGGUAAAGAUUCAAGCUUGGGUUACUCUUUCCAAUCCGACGAGCUCGUAAAGAUCUGAAAUUUGUUUGGGGCUUCGUCUCCCAGCCUUUCGUCGUCCCCAUUGCCGAUGAAUUGAUCCCGAUCACCACUCUCUCGCCUUCAAUCUCCAUACGGUUCUCCGGCAAAAUGCACCGAAUUCGUCGAAGAGAUUCUGUCACUUGAUAGGAUGUGGCUUUGUGCUCUGCCCUAGCCACUUUGCUCAAGGAAAGCUUUGAAUUUGGCAGUGACUUAAGAAUUUCUCUGCGACUAAGCGAAGAAUUAUGAAGCCCGUGCUAUGAUUGAUCUGGUUGUUUUGUUGAUAGAAGAAGAAGAUGAAUGUGCCGACACAUUUGGCCGGACAGAUGGCCGGUCAAUUGCCUAAUCAGGUUGGGCAGCAGGUUUCGGGCCCAUCCCAAUUGGUAGUAAAUUCAAUGUCUUCCCAAAUGCAGAGUAUUGGCAAUCAUGCACAUAAAAUGGAUCCUGAGGUGUUGAUGAAGCGCGAGAGGAUACAAGAGUAUAUCAUGCAACUUCUUCAGCGCAGGACCAUAAAUCCAACAAAUCCAGAUGUUUUGCAAAAAAUACCCGAAAUUGCUAGACGCUUGGAAGAUCGCAUAUAUAAGGAUAUCCUUUUAAAGGGAGAGGAUUACAUUAACAUGCCACUGGCAUCAGUCUAUCAACGCUUGCAAGGAAUAACUAAGAACUUUAAUAGCAGCCAACAAGGCCAUUUUAUGCAGUCAUCUUCUGUCAGUACGAUGAUACCGACGCCUGGCCUGACGAGCUAUGGAAGCAAUGGCCUUUCUGUAUCUCAAGAUAACACAGCGAUAUCCGCCGGUGGUUCGAAUAUGAUAGCACAAACUGGAGUGAAUAUGGGGAAUAUUUUAUCGAAUACUAAUAGACCCGUCAGCAUGGGGCAAAUUUCCUCAUUCAAUGCAACCACUGGAGCAAUUCAAAAUGGAUAUCCGCCGCAAUCUGGAAAUAUGAUCCAUAAUUCUGGUGGAAAUGGUAUAGUUUCAUCUAUGGGCAUGAUGAGACAAUCAAGCAUGAUGAUCCCAACUCCUGGAUUAAAUAACCCACAAUCCAUAUCUAUAACCUCCGAACCUUCCGGCGGGGGUGGAUUUUCGAAUGUGGAUUCUCCUAUGGUUUCACAGCAACAACAAAAGCAAUAUGAUGGAAGCCAAAACAAUCGUUUAAUGAACGGCGUAGGAACAGGAAUCGGUGUAAGGUCGAACUUACAGCAAAAGGUUCCUCCAUAUAGUUUACCCAAUGCCGUCACGAAUGGAGGUAUGGGUGGUUUAGUCGCGACCAACGUGCACCACAUGAACAGACCUACAGCUUCCGACGGUUACCUCGGUGCUGUUUCUUAUGGAGGCUCUCCAAAAUCUUUGCCACAACACUUUGAUAAGCAACAACAUCAGUCUUUAAUGACCGCAUCAGUGUCACAGCAUAUGUUACCUUUGGCAGGUGAUCUCUCUGGAUCCGGAAACAUAAAUGGCUGUGGUUCAGCCGCCCUAUCUACAGCGAACAGUCAAAAUCCCAACUUGAAUUCUAGGUUGAGAAGUAAUCAUGGAAUGAUUGGUCAACCAAGUUUGACGGCGAUGCAACAUGCUCCGCCGCUGAGGCCUCAAAUGCCCGAUAAUUCACAUAGUACGAAUUUUCAAACGACACAUUCUGCACGAGAACAACUUCUACAAUCACAACAUCCGAUUCAAAGUUUUCAGCAUCAACCUGUUCCGAACCAAAGAUAUCAAUAUAAUGCGCAGCACCAACAGCAACUUAUCGCAAAUGCAAGUAACGUGAGACACUUUUCGAUGCCUUCGAACUUUUCGGGACAAAUGAUACCCAAAGAUGCAAGUGAAGCAACUAGCGAAUCUUUACUUCCGCAUGUCGAUGAACAAUUUCAAAAUGAGUAUCAGAAUAAUCUUCCAUCCGGAAACUUAUUGAAAGGAGCUCAAUUGGUUAGUCAGAUUCAGGGCCCUCACAAUGUUCAGGCUUUGACUAAGCAGGUUUCACAGAAGGUUUGGGAAGUCGACCAACGGAACACCGAAUCACAGAACGAGCUUAGUUGUCUUUUUGUGAAAUCACAAUCUGAAGUAAUUUCCAAGGAAAAUUGGUAUCAAUCCAAUGCCAAAGAGAAACUUUCUUUCGAGCAGAAUAUACAGAAGGAGUUUCACCAGAGAAUGGAAGGAAAAAACGAAGCACAACCACUUGAAACCUCUCCUGACGCCCGUGCUUUCGUUGCACAUUCUGCCACGCCGGAGUUGUCGAAUAAAACUCUUCGUGUCUCAAAUAUGGAGCAAGAUUAUUAUAAGCAAAGGAAGUGGCUAUUACUCCUCCUCCAUUCUCGUAAGUGCCCGUCUUUGAAAGGACAAUGCAAAGAAGUCAACUGCAUUAAGGUUCAACAACUAUGGAUGCAUAUCGAUUCAUGCAACUCGAAUGGAUGCUUGUUUCCUCGCUGUUCUCAGUCAAAAAAACUUUUCAACCAUUUUAUAAAUUGUAAAGUGGCAGAGUGCCCUGUAUGUGUUCCCGUGCAGCAAUUUAUAGCAUCUAUCAAAGCACGCAAUAAUACCCACAAGAUGAACGGUACAUGGAAGAAUGCCACAUCCCCGAGCAUCGAUAAGGUAAUGAGCAAAGCUGGUUUUUCACCUUGCGAUACAUCCGAUUCACAACCUCCGUCGAAACGCCUAAAAGUUCAGAAUGCGCCUUCUUUCGUACCCAAGAUUGAAGAAACUUUUAUUUCCACUCCCGCAAAUCAAAUCAGUAUGCCUAACGAGGCUGCUUUGACUUGUAAAAUGGAGGUAUUUGAAGCGAAGAUGGAUACAUCGGUAGACGGGUGGUGUCCAAUACCGGAUAUGAAACUUGAUGUUACGUCGAACAGUGUAAUUCCUGCAAAAGGUGUUGUGGAGCCUAGUUCUACGAAGGAAUCAGAGGCUUUUAACAAGAUGGAAAUACAGGUGGUAGAUAAAGAUACUUCACAAGCUAAGAUGGAAACAAAUCAAGAAGUGAGCAUAGCUCCGACUGAUCCUGCUGCAGCGAGUAAGCCUGGGAAACCGAAGAUAAAAGGAGUUUCAAUGACUGAACUUUUCAGUAUAGAGCAAGUCAGAGAUCACAUCAUUAGUCUGAGGCAAUGGAUUGGGCAGAGCAAAGCCAAGGCAGAAAAGAAUCAAGCCAUGGAGCGCUCGAUGAGCGAAAACUCAUGUCAAUUGUGCGCCGUGGAGAAGCUCACCUUUGAACCCCCUCCUAUAUACUGUACACUAUGUGGCACUCGUAUUAAGCGAAAUGCAAUGUAUUAUACCAUAGGGAACAGCGACACGCGUCACUACUUUUGCAUUCCAUGCUACAAUGAUGCUCGAUGCGACACCAUCGAAGCGGAGGGGUCUGCCUUCCCAAAGUCAAGGAUGGAGAAAAAGAAAAAUGAUGAAGAAACUGAGGAAUGGUGGGUUCAAUGUGACAAGUGUGAGGCAUGGCAGCAUCAAAUUUGUGCUCUUUUUAAUGGUCGAAGGAAUGAGGGCGGACAAGCGGAGUACACUUGUCCUAAUUGCUACAUGGAGGAGAUUGAAAAAGGCGAACGGAAGCCUCUGCCUCAGAAUACGGUGCUCGGCGCUAAAGAUUUACCGAGAAGUAUUCUUAGUGACCACAUCGAACAACGUCUCUUCAAAAGGCUGAAGCAUGAGAGACAAGAGAGAGCGAGGCAGCUUGGAAGAAGUUAUGAUGAGGUACCAGGAGCAGAAUCGCUUGUUGUGAGGGUCGUUUCAUCAGUCGACAAAAAAUUGGAAGUCAAGCAGCGGUUUUUAGAGAUUUUCCAGGAAGAAAAUUACCCAACAGAGUUUCCAUAUAAGUCAAAGGUUGUAUUACUGUUUCAGAAGAUAGAGGGCGUAGAAGUGUGCCUUUUUGGCAUGUAUGUCCAGGAAUUUGGUUCAGAAUGUAGUUACCCCAACCAGAGGCGUGUUUACCUUUCUUAUUUGGAUUCAGUGAAAUACUUCAGACCCGAAAUUAAAACCGUUACCGGCGAAGCUUUGCGGACUUUUGUAUAUCACGAAAUUCUGAUAGGAUAUCUGGAGUACUGUAAAAAGCGCGGUUUCACGAGCUGCUACAUUUGGGCCUGUCCUCCCCUGAAAGGCGAAGAUUAUAUCCUGUAUUGCCACCCUGAGAUUCAGAAGACACCAAAAUCUGACAAAUUGAGGGAAUGGUACUUGUCGAUGCUUCGGAAAGCUAACAAGGAAGCUGUUGUUGUCGGCCUCACUAAUUUAUUCGACCAUUUCUUCGUAUCUACUGGAGAAUGCAAGGCGAAGGUUACAGCGGCACGGUUGCCAUAUUUCGAUGGCGAUUAUUGGCCUGGCGCGGCGGAGGACAUGAUUUAUCAGCUUCGUCAAGAAGAAGAUGGGAGAAAGCAGCAGAAGAAAGGAAAGACGAAGAUGACAUUGACGAAAAGGGCUUUAAAAGCCGCCGGUCAUACUGAUCUUGCUUGUAAUGCGUCGAAAGAUGCUCUAUUGAUGCAAAAGCUUGGGGAAACAAUCUCUCCCAUGAAAGAGGAUUUUAUCAUGGUUCAUCUGCAACAUGCAUGCACCCACUGCUGUAUUUUAAUGGUAUCAGGAAAUCGUUGGGUUUGCCAUAUUUGCAAACAUUUUCAGAUUUGUGAUAAAUGUUAUGAUGCUGAACAAAAACUUGAAGAUAGAGAGAGGCAUCCAAUCAAUAGCCGCGAGAGGCAUGAUCUAUUCCCUAUUGAAAUCACCGACGUAGCUGCUGACACGAAAGACAAGGAUGAGAUCGUCGAGAGUGAGUUUUUCGACACUCGGCAGGCGUUCCUAAGUCUCUGUCAAGGCAACCAUUACCAGUAUGACACGUUGCGUCGAGCGAAGCAUUCAUCGAUGAUGGUCUUAUAUCACCUGCAUAAUCCGACGGCACCCGCGUUCGUGACGACGUGCAAUGUGUGCCAUCACGAUGUUGAAAGUGGUCAGGGUUGGCGUUGCGAGGUUUGCCCGGAUUUCGAUGUGUGCAAUGCUUGUUAUAUGAGAGAAGGCGGUAUCGACCAUCCUCAUAAGAUGACUAAUCAUCCUUCGAAUGCGGAUCGCGACGCGCAAAGUCAAGAAGCCAGACAAAAACGCGUCCUGCAGCUCCGGAAAAUGCUCGAACUGCUGGUUCAUGCUUCGCAAUGCCGUUAUCCGCACUGCCAAUACCCGAACUGCCGCCGAGUCAAGGGACUUUUUCGUCAUGGCAUCCAAUGCAAAAUUCGUGCUUCCGGUGGCUGCGUCCUCUGCAAAAGAAUGUGGUAUUUGUUACAACUCCAUGCUCGAGCCUGCAAAGAGUCGGAGUGCAUUGUUCCGCGUUGCAAGGAUUUGAAGGAGCAUCUUAGGAGAUUGCAACAGCAGUCUGAGUCCCGUCGGAGGGCCGCUGUGAUGGAGAUGAUGAGACAGAGAGCAGCUGAGCUGCAAGGAGGAGACAACUAAUUGUACAGUUUGCUGUUUUAUAGUAUAAAAAUACAGAAAAGGAUCUGCUUUAAGCUUUCUCGUCGCAAAGAUUGGUUUUUUUCGACCAGUUUUCGCAGAUUUCGCAUGAAAGCAGCGAACUUCAUCGCAUCAGGUAUUUUUGUUGAUCUAACACGAUUCUCUGCUAACCUAACCUUUGCUCAGCAAAACAGUCUGAAGGAAAACAAUGCUCUCAUCCCGCUUAACUCAGCUCAACUCAGCUUGUUCAGAUCGAGAUUCAUAACUGAGUUCUGAAACUUUACUUUGAUAGAAGAAGGUUAGGAUUAAACGGAUCAAACCGUUGCGGGUAUGGUUGCAAUUCUUUCAUUUAUCAUGCGUUGCAUUGCUGCCCAUGUUUUGGGUGGCAUUUGUAUUAUAGAAUUCUGUUAUUUUCAUUUUUUUUUUUCUGUUU